AUGCCACACUCGACUACACUAAGUGCUGAUGAGCUCGAGCGCAUGAGAGCGAGCGUGUCUCCCCCAGCUCAAAGCGAUCGCGAAGCCAGACGCCAGGCAAUCAAACUCAAGUCGGAACAACGAACAGCAAAAUGGCCGAACACCCUGGAGGCCUUGCGCAUGAAAAAGGAUCGAUGGAAAAAAGACAAGGAGGAGCGUCUGGAGGAAGAACGACAGAAGAUCGACGAGGAGGAGAUGCGACUUCAACGAGAAGCGCAAACAAAGCAAAUUGAACGCGCCAACUGGCUGCUCUACGAACAGACCGACCGCAUGAAAACACUUCGAAGCAAGCAGCUCCUAGCCGAUGUGGUUCAUCAUCGCACGCUCCAGCUUGAAGACAAGCGAAUGCUCAAGGACCAGGACGACUUGACCAAUUACCACUAUGACCAGCAGGUUGUUGCCCAGGUAAUCGAAGGUGAAGCCGAGGAACAACGUCAGAGAAAGAAGCGACUGGAAGAAAACGCUCGACUCGCAGCUAUCCAGAAGCAACAGCUCGAAGAAUACAAGCAACGUUACAUUAGCGAGCUCCGCGAGGAAAAACGAGAAGGUGAGCUGAUGAAGCAGCAGGCAGAACAGGAAUAUCUGGACGAAAAGGAGAAAGAUCGGCAACGGAAGCUGCGUCUAAAGCAAGCUAGUGAAGAUACGCAGCUGGCAAAUCAACGUUUACAAGUUCAUAGAGAGAUGCAGAAGGAGAAGGAGCGUAUGGAAGAUUUGAAACGCGAAGAAGGAGAGCGUAAAAAGCAGCUACGCGAUGCUAAGCGUAUGGAUCUACAGCGACAGAAGAAAGAAAAUGCCCAAGCGCGCAAGCAGCGCAUGAUUGAUCUCGCCGCUAACAACCUCGUGAAGCUGGAGCUAAAGAACGAGGAACGGCUUGAGAACCAGAGUAACGAGGUGCGUGUCAAGGAAGAUAGACUGCUGAAAGAGCGCGCAGAUCGACGUGCAGUCGAGCAGGAGGCGAUUGCACGUAGUCGACGGUAUCAACUCGACUGCAAGCAACGCGAGAAAGAGCGUGAGACAGAAGAGGCGCUGGAAUGCGUCAUCCAGUGGGAGCAAUUCGGCAAGCGUAUCGAGAUGCAGUCCAAGCAAGAGGAACAGGAACGUCGACUGGAAGACCUUCGCCUUGCAGUGGGACAGAAGCAACAAGCCGAUUCCAGACGCCAAAUGCUUAAGGAUGGACGUGCCACUCAAUUACUAGACGACCAAGCUGCGCGUCGUGUUCUGGACCACGAGGAUGAUCGGUUUAAGGCUGUGGCACAACGGGCGCUAGAAGAGGCUCGAGAACGUGGCCUGACCAACGUGUUCCCUAUACAAAAAGCGAUGGUGGAGAAGCGUAUCGAUUUGCUACCUGCGUCAGGCUUCCGCAUCUAA